CAUGCUUCAUGCCCAAUCCAACGAUCAGCCUCGGUCAUGAAGAUAUUGAGCCCGAUUACCGAGAUAUGUCACCUCGUGUUCGCAAAGCUACCGUCAUGUCGUGCCAUGCCUCCUCGGUAUAGUACGUAGUACUCCGUACGUACACACGCCACAGCCGUCAAAGAUACCCGUCCAGGCCGCCCUUGGCUGCACAUGUGCAACGACGCUCAGGUCAACAGGAAGUCAAAACGCCUUUUCCCAACUUCCAAUAAAUCAGGCCAUGGCGUUUAUCUCGCUUUCAUUAGCUUGCCUCUGAAUGGGCACCCAUAGCACCUCCACCAUUUAAAAGAAAGCCAUAUACGGAGUAUGCCUGGCUCGUUCAAAGUUCUCGGGAAGUAACCCAGCCCACCCUGGUGCUUUACUCUAUAUUACAUUCAUUCUUUCUCCAUCACCCCACGGGUGUUGACUUCGGGUCUCUUCAUUCACCACACCUCACAUAAACCAUGACCACCCCAAUCCCACAACCCCCGCCCCUGCCGGUGCUAGGGAACGUCAAAGAUAUUGAUCCCAAUGAUCCCCAGGGUAGCUUUGGACGUCUAACAGAUACAUAUGGUGAAAUCUACAAACUAUCCUUCUUUGGCAGAGACAGAUAUGUCAUCAAUUCGGUCGAAUUGAAUGAUGAGAUAUGUGACGACAAACGCUUUUGCAAAGCCGUCGCUGGCCCCGUCGAGCGAAUUCGUAAGGGCGUCGGCGAUGGACUAUUCACAGCCUACCUCGGAGAACACAAUUGGGAUGUGGCUCAUCGCACAUUAGUCCCUGCCUUUGGCCCUAUUGGCAUCCAUGACAUGUUUGACGAAAUGCUUGAUAUCGCAACCCAACUCAUUUCAAAGUGGGCUCGAGUGGGCCCCGAAGCAAGGAUUCAUGUCACCGAUGAUUAUACGCGAUUGACCCUCGAUUCCAUUGCCCUUUGCGCAAUGGGAAAGCGCUUCAAUUCUUUCUACUCUGAGUCCCUGCAUCCCUUCGUCGAUGCCAUGGUUCGAUUUCUCGUCGAAGCCGGAAAGCAGGGAUCGCGCACACGCCUUGAGUCAUGGUGGAACCCAGAGCCCGAACGCCAGUUCCUGAGGGAUAUUGAAUUCAUGAAAGGUGUCGCCAAGGAGGUCAUCGACCAUCGCCGCGCCAACCCAGUCGAGAAGAAGGAUCUUCUGAACGCCAUGCUGUUUGGGAAAGAUCCGAAAACAAAGGAACGGCUUACAGAUCAAAGUAUCAUGAACAACAUGAUCACAUUUUUAAUUGCCGGCCACGAAACCACCUCGGGACUCCUGAGUUUCACCACUUUCUACCUCCUCAGGAGCCCCGACGCCCUCGAAAAAGCCCGAAAGGAGGUUGAUACCGUUCUGGGUACUGGCCCCAUCAGAGUCGACCAUCUGACCAAAUUCCCAUAUCUCGAGGCCGUUCUGAGAGAAUCUCUCAGACUCAUGCCAACCGCUCCCGCCUUCUCACGCAUUCCGCUCCCUGGAAAUACCGAACCCGUGGUGAUUGGGGGAGGUAAGUAUCUACUCCCACCAGACGCGUCAUUCAUAUGCCAUCUUCCUUCAAUUCAUCGAGAUCCAAAGGUCUGGGGAGAUGAUGCCAAGGAAUUCAAGCCCGAGAGAAUGUAUGGUGAAAACUUCACCAAGUUGCCCCCUGCCGCAUGGAAGCCUUUCGGAAACGGUGUCAGAGCAUGUAUAGGUCGCCCUUUUGCCUGGCAAGAAGCCCUCAUGGCUCUUGCCCUGAUCUUGCAGAACUUUGAUCUCAAGCUUGAUGACCCUUCAUAUCAACUGCAUCUGAAGAGCACUCUCACCAUCAAACCAGACGAACUUUACGUGCACGCUUCCCUCCGCGAGGGAAUCGAUGCGCUUAAUAUUGAGAGGAAACUCUACGAUGGCACCAGCAGCUCAUCAAAACAGCCAUCGGGGUCUACAGCUUUUGCUCCCACACUGGCGUCUGGAAAGCCGAUGCUCGUGCUAUAUGGCUCCAAUUCAGGAACUUGUGAAGGCCUGUCUCAAAACUUGGCCAAGGCCGCCGCCAGUCGUGGAUUUACUGCAACCAUCAAACCUCUAGAUGACGCUGUCGACAAACUACCCACCGAUCGUCCUGUCAUCGUCAUUACUGCCAGCUACGAAGGCAAUCCCCCAGACAACGCCAAUGAUUUCGUUGAGUGGUUGGAGAAAGUUGAUGCCCAAUCACUCAAAAACGUUCAUUUUGCCGUCUUUGGUUGUGGGCACCAUGACUGGGUUGCCACUUAUCAAAAGGUUCCCAAACUCAUUGACUCAGAACUCGCCAGGAAGGGCGCCAAGCAAAUCGCCGAGCGUGGUCAAUCAGAUGUUGCACAAGGACAAGUAUUCGACGACUUCGACUCCUGGCAAGACCAGAAGCUGUGGCCGGUUCUUGCUGCAGGUUCGACACCAGACCAAGCCUUUGAUGGUCUCGAUGUGGAAAUCAACACCAGCGCUCGUGCCUCACACCUCAGACAGACCGUCUACGAUGCACUCGUCCUCCGAAAUGAGGUUCUCAGCGCACCAGGCACUCCCGAGAAGCGUCUAACAGAGUUCAAGCUCCCAAGCAACCUCACUUAUGAAGCUGGCGACUACCUCGCACUCCUCCCCAUCAAUACGCAGAGCACCAUAGCAAGAGUCCUCCGCCACUUUGGCCUUCCCUGGGAUGCCACGAUGAAGCUCGCCAAGGGCGCUCAUACUACCAUCCCCACCGAAGUCAGUCUUUCCGUCGCAAACGUGCUUUCUGCAUACUUGGAGCUCAACAGUCCGGCCAGCCGCAAGAACCUGACGGUGCUUGCCCACUACAGCAAAGAAGGUACAUUCAACGAACCCUUGACCCCGGGUCCCAACUCGGUCCUCUCGGUUCUCGAACUUCUCGAACAACAUCCCGACAUCAAGCUGCCCUUCCCCGUCUUCCUCUCCAUGCUACCCCCAAUGCGAAUUCGACAAUACUCCAUCUCGUCGUCGCCGCUAACCGACCCGGCGAAAGCACGGAUCGUGUACUCCGUGGUCACAAAUUCCAACAGUGCUGACGCCGACGCUCCUCACCUAGGCGUCGCAACAAAUUAUCUCAAAGGCUUGUCAGCAGGCACUGCCGUCCAGUUGAUGAUCAAGAAAUCCCACGCAACAUUCCACCUUCCACCGGACUUGAAGACUCCCGUCAUGAUGAUUUGCGCCGGCACAGGUCUGGCACCAUUCCUCGGCUUUGUAGAAGAGCGGGCUGCCCGCAUCGCUGCCGCCCGAAAGACCAAUCCAAGCGUCGAGAUCGGGCCCAGUCUCCUUUUCAUCGGGUGUCGGCACCCUGAUCACGACCGCCUCUACGGUGAACAACUCGAACAGUGGGAAAAGGAUGGCGUAGUCGAGCUUUUCUAUGCCUUUAGCCGGGACGCCGCAAAGUCCAAGGGUGCCAAGUACGCGCAGGAUAGAUUGUGGGUGGAGCGAGAAGUGGUGGGAGACCUGUUCGCCCAGGGCGCCAGAGCGUACAUCUGCGGUAGUGCGGCACUGGGUCGGGGAAUUUCUGAUGUGGUGGUCAAAAUGGUCAUCGAAAGAGAAGAGAAGAAAGGCAAGUCUGUCUCCGAGGCGGACGCCAAAAAAUGGUGGGAGGGUCUCAGAGGCGCUAGAUACGCGGUGGAUGUCUUUGAUUGAGCCAGGUCCAUUUCGCAGAUUGUCUCUAUUGCUUGAAGCAGGCGAAAAUUUACUUAGCUCCAAGACAGCUCUAUGCGCCCAGUCAGUAUUCUAAUUGAGCCUUGAUACAUCUAUAGUCAACAGGAAUCACGAGAACGAACACUUGGGUCUCGAGGAUUCCAUAACAUAUUGGGGAGCGGCCCCAGCCUUUAACCAUGGGUCGGGUAUCGAUAGAGAAAUAAACAAAAGAAGCUUCAUGUGGGAUCCCAGUAUUGCCACAAGAUCA